UCUGCACAGGCCACAAAUUUUGUGUCUGUGUAUGUUUGGAAAGGAGGCCAAUCUUCUGUAAACCUGUGGCAACUGGAAGAUGCCAUGACCCCCCUUUUUACAGGUCUACUCUAUCUUGGACUGAGUCUGGAUCUCAGGAACACAGUAUUGGCAGGGGCCCUCUCUAAACCUACACUCUGGGCAGUGCCAAGAAAUAUGGUAGCCAUUGGGAACCAGGUGACAUUAUUCUGUGAAGGGCCCUUAGAGGCCAAGGAAUAUGUUCUCUACAAAGAAGGAAGUCCAGAUUACCCAAUACCAACAACCCUUUUAGAGACUGAAAACACAGCCACAUUCUCCAUCUCAUCGGUUGAAUGGUACCAUGCAGGCCAAUAUUGGUGUGAAUAUAAAAGCAAUAAUGGUAUGUCAGAAAGAAGUGACUUCCUGGAGCUGGUGGUAACAGGAUGCUACUCAAGCAAAGUCACCUUGUCUGCCAUUACCAGCUCUGUGGUGAUCUCAGGAGGGCAUGUGACCCUUCGGUGUGUCUCAGACCAGAAAUAUAAGAUGUUCAUUCUAAUGAAGGAAGAUGAGAAGUUCUCCAGGCCUUUGCCCUCACAGAAUAUACACCCUGGGAUAUUUGGAGCUGUGUUCACAGUUGGUCCUGUGACCCCAAACCAGAGAUGGAUAUUCACAUGCUAUGGCUAUCAUUUGAGCAUCCCCCAGGCAUGGUCAGUGCCCAGUAAUCAACUAGAGCUCCUGGUCUCAGAGAUCCUUCAUAAACCCACCAUCUGGGCUCACCCUGGCUCUGUGAUCCCCUCAGGGAGUCCUGUUACCAUCUGGUGUAAGGCAACCCUGAGAGCACAAACCUAUGUAAUAUAUAAAGAGGGAAGCCAAGAGCCCUGGGACCAACAGAGUCAAACAGACAACAAAGAGGCAAAACUCAUCAUUCCAUCUGUGACACAAGUGCAGGCAGGCCGGUAUCACUGUUACACUCACACCUCUGCUGGAUGGUCACAGCGCAGUGACCCCUUAGACCUGGUGGUGACAGGAGUCUACAACAAACCCACCCUGUCAACCACGCUUAAAUUUACCAAUCCUGUGGUAAAUUUAGGAGGGUUUGUGACCCUCUCUUGUAACUCAAGUCAGAGAUAUGACUCGUUCAUUUUAACUAAGAAUGGUCAGAAGUUCUCCUUCCCUCAGAGCUCAAGACACACACACACUGGGAUGUUCCUGGCUGAGUUUCCAGUGGGUCCAGUGACCUCUAACCAGAGGUGGAGGUUCAGAUGCUAUGGCUAUUACACAAAUAACUCUCAGGUGUGGUCAGAAGGGAGCGGCGUCCUGGAGCUCCUGGUCUCAGGAAACCUUCCAAAACCCACCUUGUGGGCUGAACCAAGUUCUGUGAUUGCCUCUGGCAAUGAUGUGACCAUCUGGUGUGAGGGGUCCAAGGAAACCCAAAUAUAUUUCCUGUAUAAAGAAGGAAGCUCAGCACCCUGGUACAGUCAUACUCCCAAAGAUCCUGGUAACAAGGCCAUGUUCUCCAUAGCAUCCAUCGGAAAGCAUCAUGCAGGGAAAUAUCGCUGUUACUCUUAUAAAUCUGCAGGGUGGUCAAGGCAUAGUGACACCAUGGAGCUGGUGGUGACAGGUGUUUACCCCACCAAAAUCACUCUGUCAGCCCUUUCCAGCCCUGUGCUGACCUCAGGAGGAAAUGUGACCUUUCAGUGUGUCUCACAAAAGGCGUAUAACAGGUUCAUUCUAAUGAAGGAAGAAGAGAAGUUCUCUAGGCCUUUGCCCUCACAGAAAAUACACCCUGAGCUAUUUGGAGCUGUGUUCACAGUGGGUCCUAUGACCCCCAACCAGAGGUGGAGUUUCACAUGCUUUGGCCAUGAUUGGAGCAACACACGGGCAUGGUCAGUGCCCAGUAACUCCCUAGAGCUCCUGCUCUCAGGGACGCUUCAGAAACCCACAAUCUGGGCUGAGCCAGGCUCUGUGAUCACCUCAGGGAAUCCUGUGACAAUCUGGUGUGCGGGGACCAAGGAAACCCAAAUAUAUUUCCUGUAUAAAGAAGGAAGCUCAGCACCCUGGAACAGUCAAACUCCAAAAGAUCCUGGUAACAAGGCCAUGUUCUCCAUAGCAUCCAUGGAAAAGCAUCAUGCAGGGAAAUAUAGCUGUUACUCUUACAAAUCUACAGGGUGGACAGAGCGCAGUGACUCCCUGGAGCUGGUGGUGACAGAACUGGAAGGAUACCAAAAGGCUGUGAUUGGUGUCUCUGUGGCCUUCUUCCUCCUGCUCUUCCUCCUCAUCCUCUUCUUUUUCCUCAAACUGAGGCAUCAGAAGAAUGACAGGAAGGGGGUGCAGACAAAGACUGACUUGCAACAUCCUGCAGACUCAGCGAACAAGGGCAAAAGCUUCCAGAAGAGAUCCACACCAGCUCCUGCCAUCCAGGAAGAAAUCUUGUAUGCUACUGUGAAGGUCACACAGCCUGCAGAUAGCAUGGAGCUGGAUGUCCUGAGCCAACAUGAGGAAGACACCUCUAAAGACUUGUACGCCCAAGUGAAACCCUCGAGACUCAGAAGGACAGAGAUCAUCUCUUCUUCUCUCAUGCCAAAGGAAUUAUUGGCCUCAAAUGACACAGCAUCCAAAGGAAAUCAAGUGAUAGAUGAACAGGUGGGUCUUGACUUCUCUAGUUCCCCAUGCUCCCAGUGCCCAACCUGGACUUUCUUCUACACUUUCCCACUGCAGGCUGCUACAACAGAGCAGCCACAUGAUGUGACCUAUGCCCAGAUGUGCAUUGUGACCCCAAGACUCGGACAUGUGAACCUCCCUUCUUCCAGGCAGAAAAGUUCAACCUGAGAUCAUAGUCUGGCCUCUACCAAUCCCGGGAGAUCACACUCUGCAUUUCAUGGAGUAGGGAGGAUUCAGGGAUGUCAGAAAACAAGAUCUGGCUCAGGUGCACAGUCAUAGUGCAGACAUGACUGGUCUCUGUAGCACGAAUCUUUAAGAGUCUUAUUAAUAAAAUCAAACCUGAGGCCAGUUAUUGGGGUGAAUGCUGGAAGAUCAGAGAAGC